AUGGUCGGAAAAAGGACGUUAGAAGAAUUCGAAAAGGUAUACCCACAGUACGUAGGUGAAAGAAGAAAUAUUCCCGGAGUAGUUUACAAGUUCGCAGACGGCAGCACUACUACAUGCACGAAGGCAGUUUCUAUUCGUGUACUAAAACAAGAAGUACUAUUUGUUAUCAAUGAAGCAGAUAGUAGCGAUUCUAGCAUACCUUUCCUCAUUGGGAAUGAUGUGCUAGCAGGGUCACUCUUAGACCUCAACGACAAGAAGCUGAGGCUAGGGGGUGACGUUAUACCCCUCUUCUACAGCAAGGGCCUCUACUUUGUGAAUUUCCUUACGGCUUCGGUUUUUUCGAUUGCAGAAGGAGAUCGCCAGGCAGAGCCUGUAGAAGAAGACGAAGAUGAAGAUGAAGAAAUAACUGAGAUGGUAAGUUGGUUGGAGACUGUCUUCAACACUGUGGCGCCAGAGGAAGUCCUGACGUUCAGUGGUAUGAAGAAACUACAUCAGCGCAAUUGGCACGUUAAACCUAAGGACCUCCUUAAUCGCUAUAGGACAUUAGUGGACGCAGCCGCGGAAGAAGAUCCUGAAUUCGACAAGAAGUUUCUGGAGUACGCCGAACAAGUUACAAAAGCAUGCAAAGUCUGUUCGCAGUUUUUAAAAGUUGUGGAGAAGCCCAAGUUUGGCAGAAGGCCAAAGCGCGUUGGUCAGUUUGUUGCUAUGGACACGUUCUUCAUCAACUUCGAGGGCCGACAACAUGCUGUGCUACAUCUUUGCGAUUAUUUUUCCAAGUUCUCGAUGGUCUUCGCUUGUCCGGGUGCCACAAGUACCGGCGAUGACGUUUCGUCGGCUUUACGAAGGUGGCGACUUGUCUUUGGCUCGUAUCCAGAGGCAAUAGUGACUGACAACGGCAACGAGUUCUGCAAUUCCAAGGUCUACUCUUUGUGUGCUAGUGCAUCUAUCAAGCACAUUCGGUCUGCGCCUUAUGAGCAUUCUUCGAACGGUUUUAUUGAGGUCAUGAACAGAAUCAUCAAAGAAAUACUGAAGCGACUUCUGGACCGGCGUGCGUCGGAUUUUAAUACGUUAAGCUUCGAGGAUGUUUUGCUGGAGGCUUGCUCGUGCAAGAAUGGUUACGUUCGCAGUUCUGGCUUCUCGUCGCAGUUUAUAGCCUUAGGGAACAAUGUCGUCUUCGACGGUGUCACAGGAUUGGCGCACUCGCCUGAUAUGAAGCCCGCCGAGUGGAUCCGGCAAAGGGAGGCGCUCCGGCUUGAAGCGUCUCGUCUCCAAAACUUGGAGGCUGAGCUAAAAGAAGUAAAGGCGAUCUUGCGCGAGCCUGCCCGCCUCGGAAACGUUACGCAAUUUUCUUUGGGGGAUAGAGUUAUCGUCGCGUCAUCGGUGGACAAGAACGAUACUGGACUAGAUCGCUGGUUUCCGGGCGAAGUUGUAGGUGUUCGCGGGUCGCGAAUGGUCAUCGUCCAGGACACUGCUGGAGCUCUUCAUGAAGUCCACUCGCGCCGGGUACGUAUGCUGCCUCCUUGUGACAUUGUGGACGACGAAGCUGAAGAUGAAGAUGAUGCUGAGCCUGAGGCCCCGGAAGAACACCCUGUUGCACAGCUUGACGAAUUGCCUGACGCCGAGCAGAGUGACGCGGUGCCCUUGGCCCAGGACGCCCCGGCUGAAGCUCCUCGUGAUGGCCAAGGACGUGAUGCCGAGGAAUCUCAAGAUCAACCUCCACAGCAAGAACCAGGCGCGGCAGCAGUAGAAGGCCGCCUUGAGGACGCUCCUGCUCAGGCACCGGCCCCGGAGCAAGCCAGCAAGGAGGUUGAGGACAAGAUAGCUGACAUCGUUAAACGGAACGCGCAGUCCCUAUUAGAUGCAGCACGGCGACAGAAGACUGCGAUCAAGAAAAGCCUUUUCAAGGGUGUCGACGUUCGACAAGCGUACUGCUACAGGGGAAUAAAGGAGGCUCGUUUACCGGCCCAGGUUGCGCAACUUACAAGACAAGGCGACCGAUGUUUUUCCAUGCAGUUUGCUCUUACCACCGGUCGCAGGUUGCUUAAGGUUAUCCGGGCGGAAGAUUAUCCGGACUCUAGUGUGCCUAUUCUACCCCUUGGUCGGUCCACAGCUGUACUGGUAACUGUUGUCUUUACAAAUCGGCAAGAGCCUACGGUCGACCUGAAUCCAAACCAAGAAGUUCGCGAAAUUGGUUCUGCCAGAAAUCGCGGCGCACGUUCUACUACGGUUCCCGAUGAUCCUGCUCGCUAUACUGCUGUGCCAGAAGAUAUGCAGAAUCUGGAAUCUUUGCCGCAGCUCUCGGCGAAACAACUCCGAUGGCUUUCGGUCAAGUGUGGCGUUGCGUUGACCCCUCAAAAGCGAGACAUGCAGAGCCGACUUCGUGCACACUACGAACGCACUGCUGACGCAGCAGGCUUCGCCGCGUUUGAGUUGGACGAUGAUGAAUUUCAAGAAGAAGCUGCGGAGCUUGCCUUUACCGCUGGUCUUGGUUUCGAUGUCGCAAAAGCUACGUGCUCCAAGUCGGAGCAGCGUGUUGAGCUAGGUUACUUGCGUGACACUUGCAGUGGACUUCUGACGAAAGCGAAUUCUGAAGAGAUAUUCUUGCAGCCUGGAGAUGCAGCAUUUGAUGCACAUUUUAUGCCGCUUAGUUCUAGGAAGGCUGACUUGGAAUAUGUUUUGGUGAGUACUGGGUCCACUCGUGUCAGGACUUGGAGGCAGUUACAUAAAGAGCACGAAAGUGAUAUAUUCAUACUUAGGUCGUCCCUACCUGCCUUAGAGGCAUUACAGCAAGAGACGUGCUCUGUGUCUGAUAUAGUUAUAUACUUCUUCUACCAUAAGGACAUAAGUAAAAGUUUACAAAAAGCACCAGUAGAGAAAAACACUGCUGGGGCUACUGCUGCUAAAGCGUUUAAGCUUCCGUUUGGAGUUAUGGCCAAAGGCACUGUUGAGCUGCCUUAUGAGUGGUUUAAAGAGAACGACCUACUUGACGAACUCUACGCAGCAUUUAAGAAAGAGUUUGACUCCCUUAGAAGUAACGAAGUCUUUGACGUAAUUACUCGCCCUGAUGGAGUAAAGCUGAUCACCUCAAAGGUCAUCUUUGCAGUUAAGUUCACUCCUGAGGGUGCCAUAAAGCGCAUUAAGGUUAGAUACGUCCCGCGAGGUUUUUCUGACGUUCGCGACUCUUUUCUACGUAAGGACCAAGACGUAGUCAGUAACGAAGGCUUAGUUUUUCUUUUAACCUUAGCAGCGUUAAACCAGUGGGAACUAAAGACCACUGAUUUUAUGACGGCCUUUCUUCAGUCUGAACCUUACCGGGAUGAUGAAAAGAAUCCCUUAGUUGCUCUUCCAUAUUUGCCCGAUCCUAAACUCUAUGAUCUUCUGAACGUUGAACGGGGCAAAGUAUUGAAGAUGCGAAAGGCUGUCUAUGGGCUAUAUGAUGGCCCACGGCGGUGGUUUACUACGUUUUCUACUUUCUUAAAGCAAGUAGGUUUCCGUCAGAUUAACGCUGACUGUGGUUUGUGGGUUCUUCCCUCACCGGAAGAUCCGCGCUCUAAAACUACGUCUGAGGAAAAGUCUCACCUUGAACAAGCUGAAGACGCGCUUGACCGUGAUCCUUUACCUAAACCGCCUAAGACUAAAAUUAGUGGAGUUCUCUGUCUUCAUGUAGAUGAUAGCUUGCAUGGUGGUGAUGAGUACUUUCAACAGGUUUGGGCACAGGUUGAGAAGCGCUUUAAAAUAGGUGAGACCGAGGACUUAACUAGUGACGGCGUCUGUUUUUGUGGGCGUAUUCUGCGCAGGGAGUUUGACCGUUUAACUAGAAGACUUUACUAUACCAUUGAUCAAGAGUUCUACACCCAGAAGAUCACGCAGAUCGAUAUUCCUCAAGGAGUUGCUCUCAGUACUCCCAUGGGUGAUAGUCUUACUCUCUAUAGAUCCCUGAUAGGCCGCCUCAACUGGAUCACUUUUCGAACGCAUCCCGAGAUAGCUUAUGAUGUGCACGCUUGCUCUAAGAAGUGCACUAGUGCCACCUGGCAAGACGCAGUAACGUUAAAUAAGGUGGCCCGGCGGGCCAUCUAUAACAGGUCCAUGCGCAUCAUGGUCAACCCCGAUCCUGGCGGACGGUGGCAGAUAGUUUGCUUCUCGGAUGCUAGUUAUCCGAGACCUUCUAGUAAGCAUGUUUUACCUUCGCCCCCUUGUGUCGGAGUUGUUAUCUUUCUAGCUAACAUGGGGCCAGAUUCGGAUACUUUUUCUGUUGAUCAACUACACUGCGUGCAGCCCGUGAAUCCUGUUAAGUCUCGCCAUGUGUGUGCUAUCCCUCUCUAUUGGCGAUCUCGCGACGUUACUAGAAAGAUAGAAACUGUUCUAGACGCAGAACUUAUAGCGACUCAGUUUGGCUACAACUUGAGUAAGUACCUACAAGGCUUCGCGAUAGAACUAGGACUAAGCCAGCCUUCUGAUCCUGUAUUAGUCUAUAACGACAACAACUCUAACAUCUCACACAUUAGGUCGUCUAAUCGACAUAGUAACCCUAGACUAAACAGUUUGUGGUCUUGUUUACGCACGUACUACCAAGAUGGCAAGAUGGUUCUUCGCCAUAUCUGUGGGAAAACUUUAAACUUUUCAGACGUUCUAACUAAACCAUCUUCGCCUCUCAUCUCUGUACUCACAAAAGUCAUCUUCAGAGGUAAGAUAUAUAUACCCUCUGCUAGGGAAAAGUUCUAA